CCAAAAAUUCCAAAUAUUGUCAACUUGUCGAUUUGAAAUUUUUAAACUCAAUAAUAAUUUAUUUUUAAAUAUAUUUUUAAUAAGUUAAUUUAUUUCAUUAAUUAUAUUAUCAUAAUUUAUCUAUGUGGUAUAUGUUGUAGAUGUAAAUGUAACCUUGAUAUAAAUGUGGUAUUGCGAGAAUAAUAGUUAGAAAUUUUUUGUAACAAAUAGUGAAAUAUCUCCUACGAUUGUUUUUCAAUUGACAACAUCUAAAAAGAGAAGAAUUAGGAGAAAAAAGUUACAAGCUGCCCGUGCUUGUCACAAUAAUCAACAGAAGAAACCAACAGAUGCGAAAAAUCAUCCCAGAGAAAAUGUGCCAAAAGAAGUUGGUGAAAAUCCUAUAUCUGUGAUUGAACAAAUAGGCAAUGAAUUAAAAGAGAAUAUUAAAUUAGAUAGUAAUACAAACAAUCUUACAAUGUCUUCAAAGGAAAAAUCUAGAGAAGAAAUAUUGGCUGCUAGAGAAGCUAAGAAACUAGCCAAGCAAAAAGCUAAAAAAGGAGAGGUGGUUCAAAAUGAAGUUAUAGGAACACAGUCUAUAAAAGAUACAACUAAAAGUGAUAAAGAUAUUCCUAAACAAAAUUCUGAUUCAGGAGAUAAAGUAAAAAAAGAGUUAAAAAAUACUAGCAAAGACAAAAUAUCUAAGGUAACAAGCACUGUAAUUAAAAGUAAAGAUGAAGUAGAUCAUUUAGUAGAUAGUAAUACUUUAGUAAAUAUAGGUAAUGUACAAAAAGAAAAUUUAGAUAAAGGACAGACAUCUAGUGAAAAAAGUAAAGAAGAAGUAAUGGCUGAAAGAGCAGCAAAAAAAGCAAUGAAACAAGCUAAUAAGAAAGGUGUAUCAGAAAUGGUUGAAGUCGAUAAAAAAAAUUUAACUGAAGAAUCUAAAAAGGAAAGUUUAUUGAAAGAUGAUAAUGCUGCAGAGAAGGAUAUGACAAUAAAAGAUGUUGUAGAAACAUUGAAAGACAUUGCGAAUGUUGCAAGAGCGGUUCAAGAUGUUACUGCUAUAGUUCAAUCGAUCCAUUUAGAACCUAAAAAGCAAGAAGAGUCUUCCAAAAGCAAAGCAGAAUUGAAGGCAGAGCGUCGAGCAAAGCAGGAAGCUCAGAGAGCUGCAAAGCAAGCAGCUCAAGAACAGAAAGUUGUCAAACAAAAGCAGGCUCCUUCGAAACCUGAAAAGACUGUUACAGAUGUAGCUAAGCUAAGUAAAGAGGAAAAACCCAAGGCAAAAUUGACAGAGAAGACAAAAUCAAAGCCUCAGUAUAUACAAAGAAUAAACUGGUUCCAGCAUUUAUCUACUGGGCAUGAAAAGGAAUCCUUAAAAAAUAUUGCCAUUAAUUCAAACCUACACCCUGCUAUAGUAAAAUUGGGCGUUCAGCUUGCAUCCCGUGUGGUGGCCGGUUCCAACGCCAGGUGUAUAGCGUUACUUGAUGCUCUGCGGAAGAUGGUGACAGAUUACACUCUACCAGCGAAGACCGAAUUCGCGCGAGGUUUGGAGUCUCAGCUGACGUCGAGUGUCGAGUAUUUGUGGUCGAUGCGACAGCCGUCCGCUUCCCAGACGAACGCCAUCAAAUACUUCAGACAUAAUCUCACUCAGCUACCCAACAAUGUCAAUGAACAUGACGCAAAGAAAACUCUGAAAGAUUUAAUAGAUAAUUACGUAAGAGAGCAAAUAGACAAAGCGGGCGAGGCGAUCAGUUUGGCGGUGCGGGAGAAAAUAUGCAAUGGCGACAACAUAUUGACAUAUGGAUGCUCGUCGCUGGUGGAGCGUAUCCUGGUGGAGGCGUGGAGCGCUGGCGUGCGGUUUCACGUGGUGGUGGUGGGCUCGCGGCUGCAACGCGCUGCCAUCGGCCUGCUGCGCCGCCUGUGCACCGCCGGCCUGCCCUGCACCUACCUCGACAUCACCGCCGUCAGCUACGUCAUCAAAAAGAUAAACAAGGUAAUCGUGGGCGCGGGCUCGCUGCUGGUCAACGGGUCGGUGCUGAGCGCUGCGGGCACAGCACAGGUGGCGCUGCUGGCGCGCGCUGCCAACGUGCCAGUACUUGUGGCUGCCGAAACACACAAGUUCUCUGACCGCGUGCAGACCGACGCCUUCGUUUACAACGAGAUAGGUGAUCCAGAUGAAUUGAUCGAUAAGUCCGACGAGAACUCCCCUCUGAAGGACUGGCGAUCGAACCCGAAUCUGACGCCCCUAAACCUGUUGUACGACGUGACGCCCCCGAGCCUGGUGACGGCCGUGGUGACCGAACUGGCGAUCCUGCCCUGCACCAGCGCGCCCGUCGUACUGCGCACCAAACUUGCCGAGCAUGGAGUCUGAUAUUAAUUGUAUUUUGUAACCCUCCUUUAUCAAAUUCUCUUCCCUGAUUACCAUUCAACAGAUUUUUUCAAUGAUUACACUUCAACAUAUUCUGCUCCCUGAUUACAUACCUAUUUAUAUCCCCUGAUUACUAUUACUACUCGACAUGGCUCAACAUGAUUAUUAUUACUAUUCAAUAGUUUCUUUUUUCGCUGAUUACAUUUCAGCACAUUCUGCUCCCUGAUAUUUAUAUAAAAAAAAAUUUACAAAAAUACCGAACAGGCUUUCACAGGUAAAAAUUUUUAAAUUCACAUUGAAUUGGGGAAGUAGUCACAUUGACUUACAUUGUUUACAAUAUAAUCCGCCCUGUCAACACUUUGAUUUAUAUAUUUUUUUAUUGUAUAUGUAUGAGUAGUUUAAAAUACAUGAGUAAAUUAAUAUAUAAAUUGCUUGAAUAUCAUAUUGAAACAAUGAGCAAGUAAUCAUUACAUUACACUGUAAUGUCUGGAUAAAUGUUGUCUAUGGGUGUACCCAUAAAUGUGCAUAAAGUUUUCCAUGUUGUAAUUUUAAUAUUUUAUAUUAUUGCAAAAGAUUAUUGUCUUAGUAAUCUAAAUAUUUUAUAAUUUUAAAAUAAUAAUCCUCUAAUGUGGAUGAAUUUUAAGUCAUUCAUUUAUUUGGAAUGAUUGAUUAUUUAUAUUAAUAUAGAAGAAAAUUAAGUAAUAAAUUUUAAUUACUUAUAAUAAUGUCGAAGUUAUUUAUGUGAGUAAAGCCAAUUUAAAUAAUUAUAAUACAGAAUGACUAAUUAUAAUUCAACAAUAACUAAAUAAUUAUUGAAGUUUGUGAAGUCAAGAUCAAUCAAUGUUAUACAUUAUAUUUUUAAUUAAAAGGUGAAGAUUUUAUUUCAUUUUCCUUUAUGCAUAAAUUUUUAUUUUAAAAAUUCUUAAGGGCUUGUACCUUUUUUAUAUAUACCAUCCCUAUUGUACCCUUAACUGAUUUCUCAGAUAAGAUUUUCUCUACUAUACCUAAAAGAAAGAAAAUACGAAAAAAGAGGAAUUAAUAGGCAUCAAUAUUUUACAGAUGUUUAAAAAUUUCAAAGGGUAGAUAUUUAUUUGAUGUAUAUUUAAGAUAUUGAAAGUUUUGAAUAUCCACUUGUAAAAAUGUGGGUGUGUCUAUAUACUCAACAUACAUUGUUUAUUUAUUUGGACAUUAACAAAUAUAAUAUCUGGAAUUUAAAAAAAUAACCCAACUAUAUUAAUAAUAACAAACCAUAUAUUUCUGAAAGUACAGCAAUAAUUAUAAUUUAGUUAGCCCAAAAAUAUACAUCUAGAUGUUUUUGAUAUUUGCUGAAUGUGACGCUAAAUAUAAAUUGUUUUUUUUUGUAUUCAAAUUUUUGCAGAUAAAGGCAAGAUAAGUAACUUUAAUGAGUGUAUUAAUACAUAUACGAGGUCUGUCCGGAAAGUUCGUAUAAAAGUGUUCUGGAAUGCGAGAAAGAGGAGUGGGGAGGCCAGGUAAGCGCAGGACCCCUUCCUUAUGUCCCUAACAAUGCUUCAGUUCUGGUCUGACCGCCGUGCGGUGCGAACUGGCUUGUCACGCCAUCUGUGAAGUUACCUCUUAACGAAACCCCGUCGGCAUGGAGCCCGCUUCCGUUGAAGAGCAGCGCGUCGUAAUCAAGUUUCUCUCGAAACUCGGCAAGAAUGGCCGUGAAAUUUUUGCCGAUCUCAGAACAGUUUAUGGGGAUGAUGCUGUGAAGGAACCAACCGUCCACAAGUGGCUAAAAAGAUUCAGAGAGGGCCGAGAAAGCGUUCAAGAUGACCCACGUUCAGGACGUCUUUCCACUUCACAUUCCGACGAAAACGUGGAAAGAAUUCGAACUUGUGUUAAUGGGGACCGUCGUUUAACGGUCAGACAGUCGUGUGGCACGAGUUCGUCCAGAAUUGGCGCGAGAGGGGCGUUGGAUUCUUCACCACGACAAUGCCCCUGCCCACACCUCUCUUGUUGUCCGUGAGUUUUUGAGUAAAAAUUCCAUUACGGUGACCGAACACCCCCCUAUUCGCCGGAUUUGGCCCCGUGUGACUUCUUCUUGUUCCCAAAAACCAAAUUGGUACUUCGGGGGCGGCAUUUGGGGGACAUAAAUGAGAUAAAAAAAGCUACGACGGGGCAGCUGAGAAACCUACAACCAGAGGACUUUCAAGGAGCCUUCUCACAGUGGAAACGGCGUUGGCACAAGUGCAUUAUGUCACAGGGGGAGUACUUUGAAGGGGAUAAAAUUGAUUUACCUGAAUAAUUGUAAAAUAAAAUUUUUAAAAAACUUUUAUACGUACUUUCCGGACAAACCUCGUACAUAUAAUGCUCAAAUAUUCUUUUAUAAUUAAUGCAAAUUGUAUAUAAUUUCAAAUGUACCCAUGAAAAAGCAUGGUUGAAAUAAAAUAUUUAGAAAUGUUUGUCAUGAAUAAAUGUAUUUUUAAAUUCUA